AUGCCUAUCCUGGAGCCCAUCCUGGAGCCGGUACCCAUCCCGGUGCCCAUCUCGGAGCCGGUACCCAUCCCAGAGUCCAUCCUGGAGCCGGUACCCUUCCCGCCCAUCCCGGUGCCCAUCCUGGAGCCAGUGCCCAUCCCAGAGCCCGUACCCAUCCCGGAGCCCAUCCUGGAGCUGGUACCCAUCCCAGAACCGAUGCCCAUCCCAGAGCCGGUACCCAUCCCAGAGUCCAUCCUGGAGCCGGUACCCACCCUGGUACCCAUCCCAGUGCCCACCCUGGAGCCAGUGCCCAUCCCAGAGCCGGUACCCAUCCCGGAGCCCAUCCCGGAGCUGGAGCCCAUCCCGGAGCCCAUCCCAGAGCCGGAGCCCUUCCCGGAGCCGGAGCCCAUCCCGGAGCCCAUCCCGGAGCCAGAGCCCAUCCCGGAGCCGGCGCCCGAGCCGCAGCACAGCCCC